AUGAAGAUGUUUGUGAUCCUGUUUGCCGUGGUGGCCGCCGCGGCCGCCGGCUCCCCCGGCUACGGACCCACCCCGGCCGUCCGCGCCGCCGCCGCCGCCGCCUCUCCGCUGCCUCUGGUGCGCAUCCUCGAGUCGGAGAGCCACAGCGACGACCAGGGCGGCUACGGGUUCCGCUUCCUCUCCGAGGACGACAUCGAGCGCCAGGAGCAGAGCGCCGACGGCACCGUCACCGGCUCCUACAGCUACCGAGCUCCCGACGGACGGCUCAUCAGCGUGCGCUACGUGGCCAACGCGCUGGGCUUCCGCGCCGAGAGCGACGCGCUGCCGACGCCGGUGCCGACCGAGUACCCGACGCCGCAGGUGCCGUCCACGGAGGCGGCGCCGUCCGUGCGCACCGUGCAGCAGUACUCGGCGCCUGCUGAGCGGCCGGCCGUCCGGCAGCCGGCCGUCGAGUACGAGCCCGUCUACGGCUACCGCGCCGUCUCUCAGUGA